UUCGCCUCUCAGAUCGGAACAGUCUUCUCUAAAACACUCAACACUGUCUACUUUUGUCUCAUCCACCUGCUUUAAAUAAAGUCUGAAAAUGAGACGCAUAGACAACAGUCGGUGAUUUCUGUGUUUGCAAAAGAAGGUUUAGACUUAAUACGGAUUCUUUUUUUUCUUGAUGUCUCACUUGGAUAUUGCACAUAUCUGGAUCCAAUAAGAGAAUUUCUCAGCGUCAGACGCGUCUGCGGCGGGGGAGACCAGCGGAGGGACUCGGAAACUUGUGUGGUGCAGGAGACGGUCUCUCUUUUCCAAUCGGCGCUGCCACAGCUGUCAUAGAGAGAGAGAGCCAUGGUGAACUCCCUCUUACUGAUGCUCAGCUGGACUGUGAUCGCUGAGGUGGCGAGAGCUCAGAAUGACACGGAACCUAUCGUCCUGGAGGGAAAAUGCCUCGUGGUCUGCGACUCUAACCCGACCACGGACUGGAAGGCUUCGUCCUCUCCUCUCGGCAUCUCAGUGCGCGCCGCAAACUCCAAGGUGGCUUUCUCUGCAGUCCGGAGCAACAACCAUGAGCCGUCGGAGAUGAGCAACAAAACGAGAAUUAUCUACUUCGACCAGGUUCUUGUGAACAUAGGAAACUACUUCACAUUUGAAUCAGUAUUUUUGUCCCCAAGAAAAGGAAUCUACAGUUUUAACUUCCAUGUCAUUAAAGUGUACCAGAGCCAAACCAUACAGGUGAACUUGAUGUUGAAUGGAAAACCAGUCAUCUCUGCCUUUGCGGGUGACAAAGAUGUAACUCGUGAGGCAGCCACCAAUGGAGUUCUGCUCUAUCUAGAAAAAGAGGACAAGGUCUACCUAAAGCUGGAGAAGGGAAAUCUAGUUGGUGGAUGGCAAUACUCAACAUUUUCUGGCUUUCUUGUGUUCCCUCUGUAAAAAAAAACCUCCGAAAAAAACGAAAAGAAGAUUGUAAGCUCACUGACUUCUUCAUAAUGUGUUGUCACUGUAUAAUCAAAACAUUGCUGCUGUGUCUGUUGGAUCCUGCCAAACGGUUGAAAGAUGAUAGAUGGAAAUGGAUCAAAACAGAGAGAGGAAAUAAGGCUUUGGAAAUCGUUCACAUUCUCUGGAAGUGCUGAGUUCCUGUCCAGAUGAAAGAGACUUGAAAUGUUCCCUAUCGCUACUGUAUGUUCCUUUCACUCAAGCAGCCUCAGAGAGGAACGCUAAAACAUCCCAAAAGUACUUUUCAAACUUUGACUAGUCGGAAUAUAUUUAGCAUACUGAUUUUUUUUCAUGGCAAUUGUUGCAUUCAAGUACAUCUGCCUUUUGGAAACUCUA